GCUCCCGCGGCCACCACAGCGGCGAUGUCCGAGACCUCCUCCAGCAAGGAGGGUCCCCCGGCCGAGUGCCCCGUGUGCUACGAGAAAUUCCAGCCCCUGGAGGCCACGCACCGGCGGCUCAGCUGCGGCCACACCUUCUGCCACGACUGCCUGGUGAAGUGCCUGCUGUCGGCCAAGCUGGACGGGCACGUCCAGAGCAGCAUCAUCUGCCCCGUGUGCCGCUACGUCACCUUCCUCAGCGAGAAGAAGGCUCUGCGGCCGCCCGGCGCCAACCCCCGGACGCUGGAGAUGCCCCUGUCGCCGUCCUCCUUGUCCCACCCGGCCAAAAGCCAGGCCACCAACACGCUGGUUGUGCCCAGCCACUUCGUGCUGCCCGUGCAGAGCCUGGGGCGCUGCUCCCGGGGGCUCCCGGGGGUGCUGGCACGGGAAGCUCACGUCUUCGUCAUCAGCGACCAGGGCAUGCCGCUGGUGGCCGCGGACUGCGGCCCGCUGGCCGGGAGGAGCAGGGAGGACGCGGCCAGCUCGGUGUCAUCGGGCCCGGCCCUGGGGCUGCAGUGCUGCCAGUCCCCCAUGGCUCUGGCCGUGAUGCUGGUGCUGACCGUGGCCAUGCUGGCGGCCGUGCUGCCCUGGCUGCUGCUGGUCAGGAGGGACCUGUAG